AUGGUUCGCUUGCGUCGUCAAUUGAUUAAUCCUACGCGCAUUUUCAACAGGGCAGCUUCGUCACGCGCGAAUGCUGCUGCUCGUCGUCAAAAAGGCCGGACUACUCGUCGGCUUUUACUGGCCGUGACAAUCGCUCUCCCUCUUGGGCUUUACCUGACAAGGCCAGGCGAAACGGAGCAGGCUAAAUCCUGGCAGGUUGCUGCAUAUUCUUAUUUACCUCUUCGCGCGAUUUCCCGUGCCUGGGGUCGCUUCAAUGACAUCGAGCUUCCUGUCUGGAUGAGGGCUCCUGGGUUCAAAUUCUACGCCUACAUGUUUGGUGCCAACCUUGAUGAAAUCAAAGAAAAGGACCUUUCAAAGUACCGCAAUCUCGGAGAGUUUUUCUACCGCGAGCUAGAACCUGGUGCUCGCCCGAUCGCGGAUUCCCUGGUAGUUUCUCCUAGCGAUGGUAAAGUGUUGCAGCUUGGCCGUCUCGUGGAGAACAAAAUUGAGCAAGUAAAAGGUGUUACUUAUACUUUGGAGUCGCUUUUGGGUGUUUCCAAAGCUGCCCCACACCACUUUUCAGGCAAAGUAGAGGCUGAACGUAUGGGAGAGACAUCUAUUGAUCGUCACGAGGAGUUUGCUAAACUGAAUGGUAUUUCCUACUCACUAGACGAUUUUGUCGGUAAUGGCGCAGCCACUGACAACGAGUCCACAGAACAGCUUGGUGAUGCGGCUGCUCGCUCGGCCACUUUUGGCCAAAUGGCCAACGCUGAUAUGUGGCUCCCCGACCUGACAACCGACAAGCAGCUUUAUUACGCCGUUAUCUACCUGGCACCUGGUGACUAUCAUCGUUUCCAUUCUCCCGUUAACUGGGUGUCGCAAAUUCGUCGCCAUUAUGUUGGUGAACUUUUUAGUGUUGCACCUUACUUCCAAGCCAAAUUGACCAAUCUGUUUUGUCUGAACGAACGAGUUGCCUUGCUUGGACGCUGGCGCUACGGCUUUUUCAGCAUGACCCCAGUCGGUGCUACCAAUGUGGGAAGCAUUGAAAUCAAUUUUGACAAAUAUCUGCGCACAAAUACUCGGUGGAUCGAGCAGGAUGGUGCCCGGACGAAGGCCAAGCCGGCGACGUGUUUCGAAGCAACUUACGAGUCCGCUUCGCCAUUGCUGAGAGGUGUGCCGCUUACAAAAGGCGAGGAAAUGGGCGGCUUUCACUUAGGUAGCACUGUUGUACUUGUAUUUGAGGCCCCAGCUCAAUUUCAGUUCGACGUAGCCGUUGGUGAUGUGGUCAAAAUGGGUCAAGCCCUGGGCUCGUUGGAAAAUUAA